CUGACAUUCGAUUCACGAUGUAAAAGUCAAGCGUGUUCGGCCCCGGUGAGCAUUUUUUUUCUUUUCUUUUUCGCAGGUUCUCCUGUAAGAAUAUGGUAUAUCAUGGCUACUCUUGUCGAAAACAAUCCCAGAAUGCCUCCUGGGUCUAGUGAUCCCGAGAAAGCUGCAGAGGAACUUUCCGCUGCAAUGGAAGAAGCGAAGCUUGACGAGAAACUUAGCGAAACAGCUGCUGCUUCCACAGUGCCGCCCACAGAGCCAGGCGCAGGAUAUGCGACCGAUAUCCAAGAUAGAGGUUCAUCGACGCCCGCCGCGUCAAAGAAGCUGAACCUUCCACGCAGCGCAGCCGACGGAGUGAUCAAGACUCCGCUGGGCGAGCCCCUAGAAACCUCGAAACCUCCCUCUAGGCCUGCCUUAACGCCUGAACAAGAGAAGAAAUACGACACACUACUGAAGAGUGUGCUAUCUUGGACUGAACUACCCGAGAAUUCCGCGAAAGGCUCCAAGUCAUUGCCUUUGACAGACUCGGAACGGAUGUUCCUUACACGAGAGUGUUUAUUACGAUAUCUGAGGGCCACUAAUUGGAAUGUGGCUCAAUCGGAACAAAGAUUGAAGAACACAUUGAUCUGGCGGCGCGAGUAUGGGCUUGAAAAACACACAAAGGACUACAUAUCCGUCGAGAAUGCUACAGGCAAGCAAAUAAUAUUAGGUUGGGAUCAUCACGGACGGACGUGCCAAUACUUGAGGCCCUCGAAACAGAAUACGGAACGCAGUGAUCGCCAAAUCCAACACCUUGUCUUUAUGCUGGAGCGAGCGAUUGAUUUGAUGCCACCUGGUCAGGAAACAUUGGCGCUGCUCAUCAAUUUCGCAGAAACCAAAUCCGGACAGGGCGCUACUCUUUCCCAAGGAAAGCAGACCCUGAAUAUCUUGCAGAACCACUACCCUGAACGCCUCGGUCGCGCGCUGGUCACGAAUGUACCGUUCUACAUUUGGGGCUUCUUCAAACUCAUCACUCCUUUCAUUGACCCGUUGACACGAGAGAAGAUCAGGUUCAAUGAGGACAUGGGCCUACACGUGCCGAGAGAACAACUGUUGAAGGAGAGUGGCGGCUUAGUCGAGUUCGAAUAUGAUCAUGACAAGUAUUGGCCGGCACUGAACGAUCUAUGUGAAUUAAAGAGGGUGGAACGUCAAGCUCGAUGGGAGAAGGGAGGGAAAAGAAUCGGCGAGUCCGAGUUGUAUCUCAAGGGAGGCGAGGAGAAGAGUCUGACGGAAUGCGAGCAGGAUACAGCUUCCACCAGCACUUGAGAUUAUCGAUACAAGUUACUCAAAUCAUUGAGCAGCUAGGCGUUCAGGUUGGAUUAUUAUGUGGCCUAGAGCGAUGGAUGGAGAUAUUGUUGGUAGCGUACCCUCUUAUUUUUCAACUAGACUAGAGCCCUAGAGCGAUCCAGCCGGGCGCAUGCUGUAGCACAGACGACUAUCCGGAGAUGGCAAGACUCGAACGAGUCUGAAAAUGCUGAUAGACUCGAGGGCUGACAAGUUGUCCUUCUAGAAAAAGAGCCUCGCAUGAUCACAUGCCAAUCACGGUGACCUGAGAUGAGCUGAGUCC